GGCAUCUUGUCCUAAAAAAGGUGAGCGUCCGUAACGUAAUAACAAAAUAUCGCCAUGGAAGUUCUUCUCUUUUAAAGCUGUGUGAAGGGCACGGUAUCUUUUUCUUUCAUUUUUUUUUAUUUCAAUUUUCCUUUCUCUGAAAGACUUUUUGGUAUCAGGAGUUUUUUGAUGGUAGUGAUAAUUGGGUGGUUUUUGUUGUUGGGAUGGCGGAGAUGUGCUGCGGAGUGGUGAGCGAGGGUGAGGCGCCGUUGACGGCGUGCGAGUCGAGCUCGAGAGUUGCUAGGAGGAGGAGAAUGGAAAUUAGACGGUUCAAGUUUGUUAUCGGCGUAGCACAACCGGAGGCGGCCGCGGUGGCGGUGGAGGAGGAGAAAAGCCUUAAACGACCGAAGCUAGAGGUUUAUGCGGCAACGUCGUUUUCUCUUGACGGUGAGAACGCUGUCGAUGAUGAUGGAGAAAACAGUGUAAAGGUAAAAAACGGAAGAUCUGAAACAAAAGGCGGGAUGAUGAGAAGUCGCUCUAGUCCAUCACUGUUGAUUCCUUUACUAAACCCAGAAUUCAACCUGAAAUUCGGAUUCACGUCGGUGUGUGGAAGGCGAAGAGACAUGGAAGACGCGGUUGCGAUUCAUCCGUCAUUUCACCGGCAAGGUCAGGACACCGGCGCCACUACUCAAUUGCACUAUUUUGGGGUCUACGAUGGACACGGUUGCUCUCAUGUGGCGAUGAGGUGCAGAGAGAGGUUACAUGACCUUGUGAAGGAAGAGCUAGGAGGCGACGGAGAAUGUGAGUGGAGGAUCGCGUUGGAGCGAAGCUUCACGCGGAUGGACAAGGAGGUGAUAAAGUGGAAUGAAAGCGUAGUGGGCGCCAGCUGCCGGUGCGAACUACAGUCUCCGGAGUGCGACGCCGCCGGAUCUACCGCUGUCGUUGCUAUUGUAACGCCUGAUAAGAUCGUUGUCGCCAACUGCGGCGAUUCUAGAGCCGUGCUUUGUCGUAAAGGCAAGGCGGUUCCUUUAUCGUCUGAUCACAAGCCUGAUCGUCCGGACGAGCUCGAUCGGAUUCAAGCCGCCGGCGGCCGGGUUAUUUACUGGGAUGCUCCUCGGGUCCUCGGUGUGCUCGCCAUGUCAAGAGCCAUAGGCGACAACUACUUGAAACCAUACGUGAGUUGUGAGCCGGAGGUGACGAUCACGGACCGUACGCCGGAGGACGACUGCCUGAUACUUGCGAGCGACGGUCUGUGGGACGUGGUGUCAAAUGACACUGCGUGUGGGGUUGCACGUAUGUGCUUGAAGAAGGGGAAGGGUGGUGAGAAGCAGGCGCCGUCUGGUGUAUUAGUGGAGGAGGAGACGCCGGAGUCCAGCGAAAGAACGGGAGAAAUCUCGGACAGGGCGUGCACCGACGCGUCCAUGUUGCUGACAAAGCUAGCAUUGGCGAGGCACAGCACGGACAAUGUUAGCGUGGUCGUGGUGGAUCUGAGAAAAGCCACGUAGACAACAGAUAAUAGAGUCUAUAUAAAUAUAUAUAUGUGUACGUAUUUUUAAAUUUAGGUGUAGGCUUUUAUUGAAUUUGGCAAGGGCAAGGCAAGAGUUUCUUUUCCUGUUGGGAAAGGAGAAGGAAGGAGUAAAGUGCAAAUAGUGGAAAAGAAAGGGUGGAAAUGAGAAAAUGAUGAAAACUGUCGUUAACACCGACAGGGAAAAAUGGAAAUGGGACCUGCUUUCGUUUUCUGGAAACUUCAAUUUGGAAUGAUAUCCUCCUCUGUUAACAG